UUGACCCUGACGAUUAGGGCUACGUCAAACGUCAAAACUCUUUACGGCAAAAGCAAGCGAUGGCAUCCGAGCCGAACCACGGCGGCUCACGGUCGCCCUCCCUUGAAGACGACAACGAAAAGCGGAAUACGAUAGCCACCACCACUCUCAGUGCCAACGCUGCCAGCAAGGAUCCCGAUGCUGCAUUUCAGGAUGUGUUAGCCCACACACAAGCAGGCGAGAUAUCCGAGGCAGCUGUUGUAGCUGAAGGCGCGGAACAUACCACCUGGUUCGUCAUUGGCGUCGUCGCCUGCUGUUCCAUCUCCGGUCUUCUCUUCGGUUACGACACUGGUGUCAUCUCUGGUGCGCUCGUUUCGAUUGGAGGAGACUUGGGUCCGGCUGAGCUAUCGGAUGGGCAAAAGGAAUUUAUUACGUCCUCAACUACACUGGGUGCCCUCCUUGGUGGCCUCGCUGCAGGCGCUCUCUCAGAUAUCACUGGCCGUCGUCCUGUCCUCGGUCUUGCAGAUGUGCUUUUCAUUGGUGGUGCAAUUGGUCAGGCGGUCUGCCACACGGUCUGGAGUAUGAUUGGCUGCCGCCUUCUAGUCGGCUUGGGCGUCGGCCUGGCCUCAUGCAUCGCCCCCCUCUACAUCCAAGAACUCGCGCCGACCCGCCUCAGAGGCCGCCUGGUGGUGCUCAACGUAGUGCUCAUCACUCUCGGCCAGGUCAUUGCGUACGGCAUCGACGCCGGAUUUGAGAACGUCCCACACGGGUGGCGAUGGAUGGUCGGACUUGGCGCUGUGCCCGCUGGUAUCCAGGCCGCGCUCGUAUUGAUCCUUCCCGAGAGUCCGCGUAUCCUGGUAAGAAGGGGCGACAUUGAGGACGCGCAUAAGGUGCUCGGGAAGAUAUACAAGGGGGCAAAGGCCGAGCAGGUUGAGCUCAAGCUCCGUGUUCUUCGUGCAGCCGUCCAGCAAAGCAUCGAUAUCGCCAACUCGACGACCUUCCUCGAGCGCAUACGCAGCAUGAUCUCGGUCCCCGUCAACCGUCGCGCUCUCAUCGUCGCCUGCGGCCUGCAGGCAUACCAACAGCUCUGCGGGUUCAACACGCUCAUGUACUACUCCGCCUCCCUCUUUGCCGAGAUCGGGUUCGACCAACCCACCGCGGUCGGGCUCAUCGUCGCAGGCACGAACUUCCUCUUCACACUCAUCGCGCUCCGCUGGAUUGACGUCAUCGGGCGGAGAAGGAUCAUGCUCUGGAGCGCGCCGGGUAUGGUCGUCGGGCUGGUGGUGGCUAGCAUUGCUUUCCACUUCAUGACGCGGAACACGGGCGGGCAGCUCGUCAGCGGGUCGCACUACGAGACGGGCUGGUCCGCGGUCGUGCUGCUUAGCAUGAUCGUGUUCGUCGCGAGCUACGCGACCGGCCUCGGCAACGUGCCCUGGCAGCAGGGCGAGCUCUUCUCGCUCGAAGUCCGCGGCAUCGGCACCUCCCUCGCGACAGCGACCAACUGGGGAGCGAACCUGCUCAUCGGCUCGACAUACCUCUCGCUCAUGGCGCGCAUCACGCCCGCCGGCGCGUUCGGGUUCUACGCGGGCCUGUGCUUCCUCGGCUGGGUGUUCUGCGUGGGCUUCUUCCCAGAGACGGCGGGUCUGAGUCUGGAGGAGGUGCAGGUCGUGUUUAGAAACGGGUUCGGGAUCAAGGAGAGCAGACGGCUUCGAGAGGAGAAGAGGGCGUUUAGGAUUAAAGAUGAGGCGGAGGCGGAGAAGAGUGCUGGGAGGGUUUGAGUGCUCGAAUGGUAUGGAUCUGGGGUGAGAUAUGGAUUAAUGGCUGUGAGCUAGGAAGCGGACCUUCGGAACUCGAGGGAUAGUUUUGUAGGAUGCUUUCUUGGUUUCUUCUCUUUUUUGACGACGCUGACGGUUCAGUGACGAUACCCGAAAAACUUGAACUUGUUUACAAGAUCUAAUACGUAGUACACAUAUACUUUACGAUUAUUCUUCGAUAGGUGUCCGUACGAUUAGUACGUGCACAGAUACAGUCCCGCACAAAACUACUGCUCAAUCGAACGGGACAGCCCAUAUCCCGGGCCCCUGCAGUGCCUUCUUCUCUCUCUGCUCCGCCUUCGCAGCACCGAAUGCACUCGGCACCGGAAUGCCACAGCAAUCGGGGAGGCCCUCGUGCGCGUGCCCAUGUCCGUGCGCGCCCAACUUCGGGACGCCUCGUUCAUCAUAUUCAAUCACUUCGUUCUCGUGGUCGUGAUCGUGACCGUUAGUGUCAAUGUCAACGGGGAGUGGCGGGGCAGGGAGGAGCGAACCGAAGAGGAAGUGUUGCAUGACGGGCAGCUUGCCGAGGACUUCGCCGAGGUACAUCUUGAACAUGCCUUCGUUUACUUUGGUCCAUUUCUUCACC